CUCAGACGCCUCAGCUCUCUCAGCCGGGAUGGAGCCGUCGCAGUCGCAACCGCUGCCGCUGCUGCUGCUGUACCUCGCCGUGACCUGCGCGUCUGCCGCCGCUGCCGAGGGCGCGGAGUCGCGGCUGCAGUACGACUCGUGCUACGGCUGCAUCUGCGAGGCGGCGUCGCGGUGCAACCGCUCGCUGGGCUGCAACGACGGCGCCUGCGGCCUGUUCCGCAUCACUCGCCACUACUGGCUGGACGCCGGCGCGCCCACGCUGCCGGCCGACGCGCGACUCCUCAACGAUGCUUUCGAGCGAUGUGCAACGGAUCCGUUCUGCGCCUUACGAACGGCGCACCACUACAUGGAGCGGUAUCGCAAGGACUGCAACGGCAACCAGCAAGUGGACUGCCACGACCUGGCGCUGCUGCACUUCCUGGGCCCCAGCUGCGAGGGGACGAUGCCCUCGCCCUACACGGACGAGUUCGACAACUGCCGCUUCAACGCGCUGCUGCUGGGCGCCGGCGACAUCUGACCGCCACAACCACCCCCACCCCUACUCCCUGUAACAUAGUAUUGUAUUUAUGGAGACACAGCUCAUUAAACUAUUCUGUGCACAA